GUGCGACCAAACAAUCAGUAGUUAGUCACAUCUCAUUGAAUUAACUUUGAAACCAAAAAAUCAAAUCAAGGCCAUGGAAAUGCAAGGUAAAAAUGUUGUCUACGUUGGUGGAUUUGGAGGAAUUGGUUUUGCCACAUGCAAACUUUUAGUUCAAAAGAAAGUUGCAAAAUUGUUUGUUAUCGAUCUUGUCCAAAAUGAAUCUUUAAUGAGUGAAUUGAAAGCUUUGAGCUCUGUCACUGGAACUCAAGUUUUCUUCGAACAAUUAGACCUCUGCAAAAAGGAGCAGAUUCCUGAAGUUUUGAAGAAAAUUAUUGCCCAAAUUCAAUACAUUGAUAUUUUGGUUAAUGGAAGUGGAAUGAUCAAUGACCACAAACCCGAACAAACCAUGGGUGUUAACUUGAUGGGAUUGAUUUACACUACCAUGGCAGCUAUUCCAUACAUGGACAAGUCAAAUGGUGGACGUGGUGGCAUGAUUGUCAACAUUGCUUCAGUUUUGGGAUUGGAACCAUGUUCGUGUUUGGCAAUUUACACUGCCUCCAAACAUGGAGUCAUGGGAUUCAGUCGUUCUAUUGCCGACGAAUUCUAUUAUGAAAAAACUGGCAUUGCUGUAAUGACAAUUUGUCCUGGCAUCACCAUGACUGGAUUGUGGCAUGAAUUCGAUGGAAAUGACACUUUCCCAUACUCCACUGAAUUGAGUAAGAAAUUCUUUUCGGCUGAACAUCAAAGUGCCGAUGAGUGUGCUGUCAAUUUUAUUAAGGCUAUGGAAACUGGCAAGAAUGCUUCUAUAUGGAUUUUGGAUUUGGGCAAAUUAGAAGAAGUUAAGCCAAAGACUUACUGGACUACUACCCACAAAAAUUAAAUAAUGUUAUUGUAACUGAUUUGCAAUACCUAUUUAAAUUUGAUAAUAAAUUUCAUUAUUUUAAAAAA